GAACAGAAGGAGCCAGUGGAGAGCGCUACCAGCUUUGUUUUCUGUCCCUGCCUGUUACCCUGCUGCCUCUCUGAAUGAUUGAAGCCAUGCCCAUCGUGUCUACGAGCACAGGGCUGCAUGAGACCCUGGCCCUGCUCACCUCUCAGCUCCAUCCUGAUGCCAACCAUAAAGAGGACCUGGCCUUCCUCAAAGAUGCCUUCAGUGAGAAAAGCCUCAGUUACCUCAUGAAGAUUCAUGACAAACUGAAGCAAUAUGAGAAACACAGGCCGACUCCAGUUCUACACAGUGCCACCUGUCUGGCAGAGGAUCUGGCAGAAGAGCUUCAGAACGGGCUGCUGGAGGAUGAUGAGAGAGAACUGCUUCUCCUUCUGAGCACCCCCCACCUCAAGGCGGUGCUGUCAGCCCACGACACAGUUGCCCAAAAGAACUUUGACCCGGUGCUGCCGCCACUGCCGGAGGAUCUGGACGUCGACCUGGAAGAAGAGUCGGUCAAGAUCGUCCGCCUGGUGAAGAACAAAGAGCCCCUGGGAGCGACCAUCCGGAGAGACGAGGUGACAGGCGCUGUAAUCGUGGCCAGAAUCAUGAGGGGAGGGGCAGCUGACCGCAGUGGACUGGUGCAUGUCGGGGAUGAGCUUCGAGAGGUCAAUGGACACCUGAUAACCCACAAAAGGCCAGAUGAAAUUAGUCAGAUUCUGUCACAGUCACAGGGCUCCAUCACACUGAAACUCAUUCCAGCUGUGGAAGAAGAAGACAAACUGAAGGAAAGCAGGGUCUACCUUCGGGCAUUGUUCGACUACACGCCCUAUGAGGACAAGGCCACGCCCUGCCAAGAGGCGGGACUUCCAUUCAAGAGGGGGGACAUUCUUCAGGUUGUUAGCCAGGAGGACGCCACCUGGUGGCAGGCCAAGAGGAUUGGUGACUGUAACCUGCGUGCUGCGCUCAUCCCCUCUACACAGUUCCAGGAGAGGCGUCUACGAUACAGGAUGAAAAUGGGUUCUUUCCCUGCCCCUAUGUCCUCCAAAGCUCAUACAUAUGAUCGAGCUGAGAGAGAAGACUGUGACAAUGAGGGUGCUCUGAAUGGAAAGGACAUAGUUUCUCCCAAGAGUAAGGCCGCCCCUGCCUUCUGUGGCCAGGCUCUCUCAUGGGAUUUUUACUCAGCUAGCCUGCGCAGAAGUUUCCGACUCAGGAAAGAUCGCCACAAUUCACCCGGAGAACCUCAAACUACGGAGACCAAUCACACAGACUUCCUGAUUUACGAAGAAGUGACACAAUAUCUGCCCCGCCCUGGUGAAAGGCCUCGUCUUAUAGUACUGAUAGGUUCUCUGGGAGCUCGGAUCUCUGAGCUCAAACAGAAGGUGAUUGCUGAAAAUCCUCGAUGUUAUGGUUUGGCUGUGCCUCAUACGACUCGAGCCAGGAAGGGUUAUGAGAGAGAAGGAGUGGAGUACCACUUCAUCACAAAAGCAGCUUUUGAUGCUGACAUGCAGAGUGGCAAAUUUAUUGAAUAUGGUGAAUAUAAAGAUAAUCUGUACGGCACCAGUUUGGAUUCCAUUCACAGGAUUUCGGAUCAAAACAAGAUCUGUCUUGUGGAUGUGCAACCAGAGGCACUGAGGACUCUACGCACUGCUGAGUUCAAACCAUAUGUUGUCUUUGUACGGCCUCACAUCUAUGACAGUCAACGCAAACCACUUGGCUCCUCUUCCUCACUCAGCUCAGUUGUCACGGAGGACGAGCUGCAUGAAAUGAAACAGUCAGCUGAGAAGAUGGACGAGUGCUACAGCUCUUGGGUGGACUAUGUCUUGGUGAAGGAGGACCCAGUCAGUGCCUUAGCUGAGCUCCAGGUCGUCCUGGAGAGGGUGCAGAUGGAGUGUCAGUGGGUGCCUGUGUCCUGGGUGAGGACCUGAACUGAGCUUGACUGGUUCAAGUUGGAUCCGUGGACCCCAUAAUAGGCCGAUGUGGAGAACAGAUUAAACUGAGUGUUGGAGUCAUCUAGUAUUACCUGCCAUACUCACACAAACAGGUGUGUGUGAUAGUUGACAAUUUCAUCAAUCUGGAAAUCAAGCAAGGUUGUAGAUUUAUCACUAACGGCUCUGACGAGGCAUGUAAGCCAGUCAAAAUCUACACUGUAAAGCAGCUAAUGUGUGAAGUGCCAUGUCAAGCAUUUGGGAUGGUAAAUCUGCAAACAUCUUCUCUCAGACUGUACUUAUGUCGUUACCCAACUUGGCUUUGACCAAAGUAUGUAUUGUGUUGAAUCUCUGUUGGCACUAUUUGAAGAUAAGGAUUUAC